AUGAAUAUAAUUACAACAUUAGGUAAUAAUAAUAGUAAUAAUAAUAAAAAUAAUGAUAAACCAAUGUCAUAUGAAGAGAUUGAAAAAUGGACAAUUGAAAAGAUGGAUAAAAUGUUGGGAGUUGAUUCAAAGGAGAUGGCAAAAUAUGUACUUUCAAUGGAUACAAAUUCAGAGAUUGAAAAUUAUUUAGCAGAUGUUUUAGGUAAUACAAAAAAAGUUCAAACAUUUAUUGAACAAUUAAUUAAAAAAAUUAAUUCAUUACCAAGAAGAGUUUCAACAAUUAAAGUUUAUAAACCACAAUCAAAUCAAAUGAAUAAUAUUAAAAAUAAAAAAAAUACAACCACAACCACAACCACAACCACUACAACUACUACUAAUAAACCAACAAAACAACAAAUUAGAUCAUUUAAAGAGAUUGAAAUUGAAAUGAAACCAGGUGAACCAUGUGAUUGUCAAGCAACAAGACAUAAACUAUUAACCAAUUGUUUAAAUUGUGGUAAAAUUAUGUGUGAACAAGAUGCAGGGUUAUCAAAGAAAUGUAGUUUUUGUUCAACACCAUUAUUUACAAAUCCAAUUAAUUUAUCAACACAACAACAACAAUUGGUUGAAAAAAAUUUAACAAAUGCAGUUGAAUAUAAAGAUAGAAUUUUAGGUUAUCAAAAUACUCAUGCUAAACGUACAAUGGUUUAUGAUGAUCAAGAGGAUUAUUUCUCAAAUUCUACAAACAAAUGGUUAACUGAAGAGGAAAGAAAAAAAGUUUUACAACAAGAACAAGAAUUUAAACAAAAACAAGAAGAUUAUAAAAAAACUACUAGAAUUUCAAUCGAUUUUCAAGGUAGAAGAAUUAUUACUGCACCAAUUGAUAAAAAAUUAUUUGAAUUUGAAAAAUUAUCAUUUCAAGAUAAAAAUAAAUCACAACAACAACAACAACAAGAUGAAUAUAAAUCAAUUCAAGAUUUUAAAAGUAGAAAUGCUGAAAUUGAUAAUAAUCUUGGUAAAGAUGUUAAAUAUACAAAUUCAAAACAAAUUAAUAAUAAUAAUAAUAAUGAUGAUGGUAAUGAUAAUAAAAAGAUAUCGGAUCAAAGUGGUAAAAUUAUAUUAGGUAGUGGUGGUGAUGAUUUAAUUACAAAACAAUAUUAUGGCGUUGAAGAAGAUAUUGUUGUUUUUAAUUCAAAAGAAGUUUUAUCAAAUGUAAAUCUAAAAUAUAGAGGUAUUAUGGAAGGUUUAUGGUAUGAUCAUACUGGUUCAAUUAAAAAGAGAUUACCAAAUUUAUCAAUUUAUAAAAAUUAUAUUCAAAAUUUAAAAGAUAAUUCUUGUAAUUUCAUUUCAAUUUCACCACAAAAUUAUAGUAAUCAAGAAUUUCAAUUUAUUGGUUUAAAUAGUAUUGAAAAUUCAAAUUCAAAUAGUUUAAUAUUACCAAAUCAAAUUAAAGAAUUUUUAAAACAAUUAAUUGAUUUUACAAAUAAAAAAGAUUUAAAUAAUUCAAAUAAUUCUAUUAAAAUUAAUAUAUCAAUAUUAAUACCAAGAGAAUUUGAAUUUUCAAAUGAAAAUAAUUUUAAAUUGUUAAAGAGUAUAAUUGAAAUGUAUGUUAUGGUUGGAAUUAAAUCAUUUAGUUUAAUAUUACCAAGUGGUUGGAAUGAUUCAUUUACGUUACCAAUUUGUGCACCAAAUUCAACAAAGAGUGAAGUUAACAAUUCAAAAACUUAUUCACAAACCCAAACCGCUUUCUUGACUCAAUUGUAUAAACAUUAUAAAAACAAUAUCGAAUUUAUAAUUUGUCCAUCAAUGUUUGAAUUGAAUUUAUCUUCUGGUACACCACCACCAUCACGUCAACAAAUUGAAUAUUGGUUAGAGAUUAAUAAAUCAACACCUCAAUCUUAUCCAAUUCUAUUCACAACUUUAUCAGGUUCUUUACAAAAUUCAACUUUAUCAAAAAUUAAAAAUAUUUUUGAUAAAAGAGAUUUAAUUGUAAUUGAAAAAUAUCCUUAUAAAAAUAAACAAGUUCAAGCUCAACAAAAAUCAAUCAUUUUACCAAUUCAAUGGGAUCCAUAUCAUUGUUCAUUUGAUGAUUAUAAAUCAUUUUUAUGUGGUGUUUUAGCUUCACCGUUUGAUUCAGAGUUUUAUUUAGAUGAUUUAACAACAAUGAUAACUUUAUGUACAACUUUUAUUCAAUAUUUGAAAUCACCUUUCAAUUAUCAAAGUGAAUUAAGUUUACGUGCUACACUUGUUAACUUUACUGAUGGUAAUGAAGAGGUUGCUGAUUGUUUAGCAAAUUUAAUUUUAGCACUUUCAAAUGGUGUUUUCGAUCAAAUUAAUUCAAUAGUUUUAACAAAUCAAUUAGAAAGACAACAACAACAACAAACUGAUAAUAUCAUUAAAAAAGAUUCAAUUGAUCCAAGAGAUAGAAUCUUUUUUGAAAAUCUUAUUAAUUAUUCAAAUUUAGUUUUAGAUUGUUUCAAUAAUUUACCUCAUGACCCAUUAUUUGAUUAUUUAAAUUUAAUUAAAAAAACUUUAUUAAAUUAUUUAGAUUAA